AUGCAUUUCCCCGACAGCAUGUCUCACAAGGCUAGCAUGGAUGUGGAACGUACACAUGGCAGCCCUCUUGACGGCCUUGGCCCGAACGACGACAACUUCACCAACACUGCGCAAAAUCAUGAGGCGGUUAGGGAGAUCUCGCGUCUCAUCUUGGGGAUCAUUCUCGAGUAUGCGCUCAACAAGUUUGACCAUGCAAAAGUUCAAUCCGAGGAAGUUGCGAAUAACUUCCUGCCGAUCAUUGACCGAUUCGUUGCUGCAGGGACGCGGGUAGAGGCUUGCCUCCCCGCAUUCCCGUUCAAGUCGGCCAACAAAGUAUACAAGGUCCUCGGUAGCCUACCCGAUAAGGCUGAAGAGCUGGCCCUUGACCGCUUGAAUAGCAUGUGCGCGCGCAUUCGGCAAGUCUACUCACCUGGCGCACAGGUCACUAUCAUCUCGGAUGGCAUCACAUACAAUGAUCUGUUAUGCAUAUCUGAUAAAGACACAUGGGCUUACGGAGAGGCUCUACGCAAGAUGGCCGUCCAGAAACACUUCAACUACAUCGUCUUCUCCAGAAUAAGUGACCUGCUCGAUUUCCCUGUGCCGGAAAAGAUGAGUGAAAUCGUCUAUGUCGCUAACUGUACCACGUUCCGCCGCUUGCUGCUAAAUAAGUAUGGAAGAGCCGACCUUAACAUUGACCACGAGAUUGCUUCGAAUCCAGAUACAAAGUUGACCUAUCUCGGAUACAAGAGAUUUCUGGAGUCCGAUUUGAAGCACAUCUUUCCUCGAGGGGCAGAUCGAUCUGCUCACAGCUACAAGCGAGAUUGCAAGUACCUUGCUAGGCAGAUGCUGAUCAGAGGAGACGCUUUUGCACAGGCGAUCAAAAACUGUUUCCCCAACCAUUUGCGGCUUUCCAUCCACGAAUCAGUAGGCGGCACUAAGCUGUCGAUAUCUCUGCUGAAUACGAAGACCGGGUUCACCACUCCAUGGCACUGCAGUGUCGCUCGGCUGGCCGAUGGGGAGUGGAUCAGUGCUCCUAUGGGCGAAUUCAGUAAGGACGACAGGCUGGAGCUCGUGUACGAGGCCGGCCGGCCCAGUCACUUCAGGGAGAAGCCGUGGGAGGGGGACGCUUGCGGCAUCAGCGAGACAACGGCGAGCUAUCUCCAAGAAGCCAGACCACUUAGCACCAGUGAAUAUCUCAGCAGAGCUUUUACACCACCGGUCACUGUCUCACCCGCUAUGCCUUCGCCCAGUGAUCUUUCCAUUUUCACACCUAGUGGGAGCGUGGGAGGCAGCGCAGCCAGCACUCCAGAAACACAGUCUCCUCCAGGCUUCGCAUUGAGCGGUCUGGGGAUUGUCGUGGAGGACAAGUUGAGCAAUGAUUCAUUUCCGGAACAGAUUUCUGAGACUGCUUCAGUACCAUAUGGCAACAGGCUCAUCCCGCAGAUCAUGGACCGCUUGGCUGCUGCCGAGCCGGGGCGUAUUGUUUUCUCACUGGCAACAUUAUCCGGCGACUCACUUGAGUUUAGGCAUGUUUCCGCUCGCGCCUUCACCAAGGCCGUUGACAAGACCGCUUGGUGGCUUCAGAACCAGGUUGGCAAACCCGACUCGAUCCAGGCUCUGGGCUACAUCGGACCACGCACUAACCUUGGGGUUGAAAAAGAUGAUCUACGACACAUUCUGCUGACCUAUGCAUGUGUCAAGGCUGGCUACGCGGCCUUGUUCCUGUCGCCAAAGAAUAACACGGAAGGGGCACUCGCAGUCCUCGACGCAACAAAAUGCAAUAUCUGGGUCAAUGCUUGCGAGGCAUCCCCUGUCCCUUUGGUCAAGGAGGUCCUUCAGAAACGCCCCAUGAACGUUCUGCAGCUCCCUCUGCUCGACGAGCUUCUCGAUGCCAUGUCCACCGAGGCUUUUCCGUAUACCAAGACGUUCGACGAAGCCAUCAACGACCCAUUCUGUUUCCUGCAUACAUCUGGGACCACGGGAGUGCCCAAGCCGAUUCCUUGGACUCACGGGCUGAUCGGCACCAUGGAUGCGGUGCGACUACUACCACCUGUUGGGGGCAAUGAUGAUUUGCCCCCGUGGACGUCUGAUUGGAAGCCAGGUGAUAGUAUCUACUCAUCAUUCCCUAUGAGCCACGGUGCCGGUAUUAUCAUGGAUAUUCUGAUGCCCGCCCUCUUUAACUUACACUGCAUCUUGGGACCAGCGGACGUCCUGCCUAAUAUCAAUCUGGUGGAAGCUCUUGCAGAGAAUGCCAAAAUUGAUAUCUGGAGCAUGGUGCCGUCCCUGGUCGACGAGUUGGGCGAGACGCCUGGAGUAUUGGCAAAGCUCAAGUCAUCGAAAUUCAUUUGUGCAUCUGGCGGUCCCGUCAGUCCAGUCAGCGCUGGCAAGGUAAAUGAGGUAAUAAGAGUGCUGAACUUGACUGGCACAACAGAGGGUCUGUUUAUUGGGAACCUCAUACCACCAAGAGAGGAUUGGGUUUGGUUUUGCUUCCAUCCGUACUCCGGCUUCGAGUUCAAGGAAGUCGAGGCGGACACAUACGAGCAUUGGGUGCAUCGCAACGAGCACUGGCCUCUGUUCCAGGGCAUCUUCCAUACUUUCCCAAAUGAGCAAUCGAUUAACUUCAAGGACCUGUACAUGAGGCAUCCCACCAAGCCCAAUUUGUGGGCCUUCAAGGGAAGAAGCGACGAUCUCGUCGUGCUGUCCAACGGAUACAAGAUAUCGCCCCUAGAGACGGAAACCUUCAUCACCACUCACCCUGCCAUCAAGGGAUGUCUGAUUUUCGGAACGGGGAAGCCCCAGGCAGGUCUCCUUAUCGAGUUGAAAGAACCGUCGCACAAGACCGACGAGCUUCUCGACAGCAUUUGGGAAACAGUCAAACAGGCCAACUCCAUGUCUCGACACAAAAAUCAGCUGCUGAGGGACUUUGUCACUUUUGCAGAGCCUGACAAGCCCUUUUUCCGCACAGACAAGGGCACGGUGAAACGGUCCGCCACCCUGAACCUUUACGCCGACUACAUUGAGCGUUUCUACAGCUCACGUAGUGACGAUCUCGCCGACACCUUCACCUUCGACAUGAGCUCGAACAAUUCAAUCCAGGACUUUAUUCGCCAGAUCCUCGCCUCGUCACUCCCUGACAUCCAGGAAGCCUCUCCAGACGCGGACCUGUUUGCUCUUGGGCUGGACUCCCUCGGUGUCUUUGCGGCCAUCAAGACGAUCCGGGCAGCUACAGGGCUAGGUGAUCGGCUCGGUCCCCGCCACAUCUACGCCAAUCCAACCAUCACCCAACUCUCUGAUGCAAUCACGCUUCUGGCAGCCGAGGCGAAGAGUGCAAACAAAGCCGCCUCAUCUAACGAGUCUGUUGACAAUGACGUGGCUACUAUGAAGAACAUGAUUGCUCAGCACAAGGCGCGGCAGUCGUUCAGCUUGAACGCAUUCGACUAUGUCAACCCGAACCACGGCAUGGGCUUGGUUUUCUACUUCCCAAUACGCGAAGCAGUCAGCUACGAACAGGUAUUUGUCAAUCUACAGGAGGGCCUCAACCGCACAUUCGAUCUGAUUCCAGCUCUCAGCGGCAAGAUAAUGAACUGCUCGGAGCAAGUGAUCGGCUACACCAAAGGGGACCUCUGCGUCACGAUUCCCCCUCUUUCAAAGGCAGCCUCUGUCCGCAAUCGCCUGGUCUACAAGGACCUCUCUGCUGUUCUCCCGUCAUUCGACAAGUUGCGUGAAGGAGGCUUCGCGCCGUCUGCCUUCAAGGACAGUCUUGUCCUCCGAGAUGAUCCUUUCCCCAAAAUGCCCGCCGAUAUUUUCGUCGGGCAGGCCAACUUCGUCUCUGGUGGCUGUAUUCUUGCUGUCGACCUCAAUCAUUGCUGCCUCGACGGCCUCGGUGCCAUGGUCGCUAUCAAGGCCUGGGCUGAGAACUGCAGAUAUUUGCAGGGCGAUAAGUCGGCGAAUUGUAGCUGGUAUGACCCCGAGAGCUUCAACCACAGCCUGCCAGAAAUUAUUCAUGAGCAAGAAGGCUGGGCCCGACCGCUCCACGAGAUCGAUCCUGGUACAUGGGAUUUCUUGCCCUUCUUCCCCCCCGAUGAUGAGAAUCAGACCAAUGGUACAUCUGUCGAGAAGACAACGGCGAAGACGACGGUUGAUGGCGAAUUCCUCGUUUCCCAGAAGGCUUCGAAUCAAGGAGCCGUUCCCCCUCGACCCAUUUUCCCCCUACAUCCUGUCUGGCCGCUGCCUCGCGCUGAGAGAUGCCUGAAGACGACCAUGUUCCUUAUCACACCCGAGAAGCUGGAGAAGAUGAAGAAAGACGUCAUAGCCGACCCCGAGGCCAAGGGGGUCAUCAAUUCUAUUAGUGACAUCGUGCAGGCCUUCUUCUGGCGUGCCGCCAUCAGGGCCCGAUACCGCGUGGCCACGGAGUUUCGCAAGCAGACUUUCGGGCCCGACGACGUGUCCAUUCUCGAGCUGCCUACCGACGGCCGCCCAUAUUUUUCCUCCCUGUUGCCGUCGACAUACAUGGGCAGCUUGCUCAUCCUCAAUCGAUCGAGCAUGCCCAUCGAGACACUCUGCUCUGAUGAUACAAGUAUCGGACGAGUCGCGUUCCUGCUCCGCCAGUCCUCUGCGCGCAUCACCCCCUCGCUCGUGCACGACGCGUUUACAAUCCUGCAGUCACUUCCCGACCACAGCAGAUUCUCGACCGCCAAUAUGGGCCUCGAGCACAUGCACGCCAUGAUUUCCAAUAUUCUGCUAUUCCCAACCAGCGAGAUCUGCUUUGGAGACACCUUUUUCGCCAACGGAGGUUUGCCUGAGUCCAUGCGGCCGCAGCUCGAGCGUGGCAAUGGCCGUUUUCGGUUCUUGGUCAUCUUCCCGAUGAAGAAGGAUGGAGGUGUGGAGCUUGUCUUGGGCACGCACCAAGAAGAGUUGGAGAUGUUCAAGACGGACGAGGAAUUUACGAAGUAUGCGGACCUUGUACACACCUGUUGCUAA